AUGCAGCAUGAGGCGGAUUUCGACGAAGAAGAGUAUUUUAUUAUCCGUUUUAAAGGACCGAAAAAGGUUAGGGAUGAGAUUUUUGAUUAUAUUGUAAGUACGACUUUGUUUCGGUAAAAACUGAAUUCUGUUGAAUUCAGAACGGAAAGUCGGCGGAUUACUAUCAAUAUUCGCGAAAUUUAGAGGAUAUGGAAAUGGCGAGAGCCAGGAAUUUGAAAGAGUUGUUCGGAGACAAACCAGUGGCGGUCAAGGAAGGUAAAAAGCAUUUCAAAAAUGUUUUGCCGCCCUAAAAACGCCUUUUCCAGAGCCCGCCGACGUCGAUUUUUCGGGAUUGCAGAGAGAAGUGAAACAAGAGAUUCCGGACGAGGAUCCGCAAGAAUUCGAAGCCCCGCCCCCUUCUAAAUGCGAUAAGAAUCCGAAAAAACGAAAAAUUCCGGCCAAAACCGCUUCAUCUUCCUCCGCACCAAAACAACGACGUUCUAGAAUGUUAGCAUCUUUCAAAAAUUGCCGUCUUUCAAAUAGCAAACUCAGAACACGUAAUAUUGCGUCAAAUUUGGACAAAAUGUUCAAUUCUUCAAGCGGCGCUCCGACGACGUUUUCUGAACACACAACGAUGCGAGUAAGACGAGAUAGAAGUGGUAAAAAUUGCAAUUUUUCGUAAUUUUUUCAAUUCUCGAAAAAACUUCAGCUCAUCCACGCAUCGAUUUAUGGGCGGAUCGUGACAAUAGCCGGCAGUGGCUCAGCGAACAGUCGUUGGUAAAUUCGGGCGCUGGGCAAAUGUUCGGCCCAGGCUCUUCAAGGCCCGGGCUUUUGACCCCAAACUCUGCAGGCUUUUUCGACUUGGAUUGAAGUAUGUUGGGUCCGAGUUUCAGAACGAUUGGACUAUCUGGUCCCGAGUUAUACUGGUUUGAGGCCAAAAAGCGGAUUAUCCGAUCGGUCUGAAACUUGGACCCACUAUACUUCAAUCCAAGUCCAAGAAGCCUGCAAAGUUUGGAUCCGAUCGGAUCCUUGCAAGUGGGUCAAAGGUCCAGGCCUCAAAAAGCCUGCUAUAUUAAAAUUGAAGAGGAAAAGGAAAUAUUUUCAGAAACGCCAUCACAUUUCUUUCGAGCGCAAAAAGUAA